UGCGAACGAGGAUGAGUUGGUCUCGGUGUGUGUGGAUAGUAAUCUAGCAAUGAAGGAAAAGGUGUUUGUUGACUUGUUUGGUGCGGAGUCCAAUUUUCAUUCCGGCCUGAUCCAGAAGGAUCCCGCGGCAGCUGAGGAGGGUGUGGGGUCUGGUGAGGAGGAGGAUCUGGAGGAUGAUUCGCUUGCUUUGACGGAGGAGGAGAAAACUUACCAUGCUAGGCUGCUGGAGGAAGGAAGGAUGGACAGGGUGAAGGCGAUCGCAGCUAAUCAGAAGACCUCGGUCAACAAGUAUGUACGCAAUGCCUUCCUCCCUACGGUCCCGUCGAGAUGGGUGGAGGCCCAGUCUAGGUCCGUUGAGGACAAACUUUGGGACCUGUACACGUUCAAUUACAUUGCCCCGAUUCAAGCUGAUUCUUAUAGGUUCCUAGCAUCUCUCACAGGUGAGGAAAUGAAGAAAUGCAGGGAGAAGGCCCUUACGGAGAACAUCGAGUUGAUUAAGGGGAAUUACCCGCUCACCCCUAAUGCAAUGAAGCUCCCGGUCAUUGGGGAUUUUGACCGGUCUAAAUGUGGGGUGUCUGCGUCGGCACUCGCUUUGAGGGGUUUUCUGGGGCCGAAGGUGCAGACGACAAUUGCGGAGUUGAAACGCAUCUGGAAUGUCGGUCGCCCGUAUGUUAAGUGUCAAUGUGUGGCGGAGGGGAAGGGGAAUCGUGGGAAGAAUAUCUCUUGGUUCGAUCAUGUUUUUUGGUACCUCCUCUCUGAUCUUUUCUACCUGUUCCCGGAGGCCCCGUCUCUCAGGGCUCGCUCUCGUGCCUUCAGAGUCAGGGCGAGGUCUGCGUGGCAAGCUGCUGUCUUGUCCAUGGUGGUGUUCACACACAUGAGGGAGGUGAUGGUGGUGUUCACACACAUGAGGGAGGUGAUGGUGAAAAUGGCAUUUAGUGUCACUAUUGAUCCUUCCAGGACGGCGCAGAACAUCAUUGAUGAUCCGGCCAUCAUGCUCCACAAGUUCCCCCGGACCAUGGCUAAGCUUAUCCUUCCUGCUCGUUACGUCCGCACUGCCCAGAAGACGACUCUGGAAGUUGCUCCUGUUGCAUCAGCCAAGAAAGCGAAGACGGCGCAACAAUCCAUCCUAGAGUUUUAUGUCCCCCCUUCUCGCGGAGGAUCCUCUGCGUCCUCCCAGGAUCAUCCUGUGCCUUCUGCCGCUAGCACUCCUCCGUCCUCUUCCAUCACUGUUCAGGAGGAUGGGCAGGCGUCUGCGUGCAACAGACCUUUGCGGAGGAGUCCGAGGGGUCUGGGCAUUGCCAGGGCAUCACUGUUUAAGACCUGAUGGGUGUGGGUGGUGUCUCUCAUUUCGUUUUGCAGGAUGUU